AUGCAGAAUGUCUCCCCGACGCGCAGCACUCACUCGUACGCUAGAGGAAAGACGCUUGAGGAUGAGGGUCUAACAGUCUCACCUGCCAUCACGGAAGCUGGAGCAGCUGUGUUUGCCCUGGCUCGUGCCCCGGACAAUGGGGACGAGACGCAGGCUGCGAGGCCCCCUCUUCCCCGGAGACCCCGGUGCCCCCCCGCCAGGCCUGGGUUCGGGCGUCCAUGCUGCGACCCGGUCGCACUCUGCGUCUCUCGCCCGGCGUCGGCCGGCACGCGUGUCCCUCUGCGUGUGCCCCCGGGCCAGGAGCCGCCAGGAGCGAAACGGCGCCUGCGCCCGAGCGGUGGGCGGGGGCGGGGGCAGAGCGGGGGCGGGUUUCCGGUUCCGGGGCGAGCUGCAGGUCCAGGUCCAGGUCCGAGGCGGCGGCUGCUUCCGGGGGGCGGGGCCGCGAUGGAGUCGGUGCUGAGCGAGGUGGUGGCGGUGGAGGAUCUGCUGCGGUUCGAGAGGAAGUACAGGGCGGAGCUGAGCGGCGGUGCGGUCUCCAAGGGGACACAGUUUGAGUACGCCUGGUGUUUGGUGCGCAGCAAAUACACCGAGGACAUCAGAAAGGGCAUCGCCCUGCUGGAGGAGCUGGUGCCCAAAGGGUGCAAGGAGGAACAGCGGGACUACGUUUUCUACCUGGCUGUGGGCAAUUACCGGCUGAAGGAGUACGAGCAGGCCCUGAAGUACAUCCGGGGGCUGCUGAAGACGGAGCCCAAGAACACGCAGGCGCUGGAGUUGGAAAAGCUCAUCGACAAGGCCAUGCAGAAAGCUCCAUCUGGCAUCGUCAGCAGCAACCCGCUUCCUGCUCGGGGCAUCGGAGCGACAGGCCGGCUGGGCUGGGAGGGGAGGAAGCGCAUCGAGCUGCGUUGCUAGUCAAGGCCAGCGAGUAAGCUGGAGAGCACCUGUCCCUGAGUCUGCCGAGAGCCUGAGCCCAGCGCUGUGGCAAGGGGGAGCUUCCCUGAGCCUGAUGGAUGCAGCGACGCUGCCUGGGGCUGCCGAGAGCCUGAGCCCGUUGCCCGGAGAGGGAGGGAGCUGCCCCGAGUGAGGGAUGCAGUGAUGCUGCUCGACUCAUCGGUGAACUGGGUCUUCCCCAUCCUACAGGGAGCAUCCAGGUCCCCUCUGCUCUCUCUGCCACCCAGCCUCGGACAGCAAAGCUCCCCAUAAACCCCUUCCUUCCAACAGCACCCCGCUUUUCCCUACCUGGGGCUCCUCUGUAACAAGCCCUGCCCCCCUCCAGCUGCAGCCAGGAGGGGUUCUUGGGCCCACAGUAAUUCCUUCAGUCCUGUGAGAUUCUCAAGUGGUUUGGGAGGAGGGGGCUGGGAGCCAGGACUCCUGGCUUCUCUCCCUGGCUCUGGGAGGGGAGUGGGGUCUAGUGGUUAACGCAGCGGGGGCUGGGAGCUAGGACUCCUGGCUUCUCUCCCUGGCUCUGGGAGGGGAGUGGUGUAGAUAAAUCUCUGCAUUAAGCAUCUUCGCAUAAUUGUGUAUCAUUUUCAUACGACUUUGUAUUAUGCCUCUGCAUAUAACCUUGUAUUAAGUCUUUCCAUAUAUAACCUCCGUUUUCACACAACUUUAUAUCAAAUCCUUACACCGAAACUUUGUAUUGAGCUAUAGCCCCUAAGGAGAGUUAAGGCAGAAGGAAAAUGUUUUUUCGCUCGGAGUAGAACAAAAUCUCCCCCUUUUAACCGCCUGCCCUGGUGAAGGAGCGAGGCGUGGAAGGCAGCGCCUCCGGACAGCUGCAACCCUUGGAAGGGGACGGGAGCCAGAGCCAAGCACAAUAAAACUUGCCAGGUGGGCUCACUACGGAAGAUCAGACAUACUGACGGCCUUGGGGGUGAGAAGCCAGCACCUUCUUUUGAAAACACCCUCUCUGAAACGAAACGGGGCAUCCCGAAGGAAGCGCCGCCGGAGGCAGAUUUUGCAUUUGCAUGAGAGGGAAGCGGCUCUACUUGGGAGGUGUCGUGCAGAGGACCCCAGGUCUCGGCUUGUCAACGUGGGAGCAUCGCUCCGGAUCGGAUCCACCUCUCCCCCAUCUAACGCACCUGGCCAGUGAAGUGAAGGGGAGCACCUCGGUGGGAACAACAACAAGACGGAGUGUGCGUGUGUGUGGGAGUGUAACAUCGAUCGUAUGCGUAUGAUCCAGGGUAUGAUUGAUACGUGGAUUACCAAUAAAUGCGGCGUUUGCCUUAUCCCCUCUGAA